AUGGCCUCGACGCCUUCGUCUGCACCGAGCUGGCACAAGAUCCAGAUCCCGCGACCUCUCCAGCGACUGUUCGACCGCUUCCCGCUGCGGACUUACGAGCCCAAUGACCUCCCCCAACGGUCACAGCAGCUCACUUCAAGUGACGUUGCCACCCUUUAUGUGUUUUCUACAGAUGAGGAUGCCCGGAUAGGCGCGCCGAGCUUCAACCCGGGCUGCCUCAAGUGGCAGACCCUCCUCCGACUCACCAACCUCCAAUUCCGCAUCCUCCCAUCCACAAACCACGCCUCGCCGACGGGGUCCCUUCCGUUCCUCCUCCCGCCGCGCACAUCAUCAUCACCCACCUCCUCCUCUCCCCCCAUCCCCGCCGACAAACUCCUCUCCUACGCCGCCCAGAAAUCCACCACCACCACCAACAGCCCCUCCCCUACUACUACUACUACUACAGCAAAACCCCCAUCACCAAAAAAAUCAGAAGCCUACUCUUCGCUAAUCACCCUCUCCCUCCGCAACGCCUGGCUGCACGCGCUCUACCUCGACCGGUCCCGCACGGCCCUGCUUCGCGCGCUGUACAUCGCGCCGUGCUCCUCGUCGCGCGCCGUUCAGACGGCAUUGCUCUACCAGCUGCGCCGCGCCGCCGCAGAGCAGAUCCUGUCCUCGUCCGGUACGACCAAGGUCGGGACGGCAGUUGGUGGUGCUGGUGGUAGUAGUAGUGCGGACGCGAUCGACGAGGAAGGCGUGUACGCCGAGGCGUGGGACGCGCUGUGUGCGCUGGCCAGUUUGUUGGCGGAGAGCGAGACCGGUUGGUUCUUUGGGGCGGAGAAGCCCGGGACGUUUGAUGCGAGUCUGUUUGCUUAUACCCAUCUGAUGAUGGAAUAUAUGCCGGAGGGUUCGUCUACGGAGGAGGGGGAAGGGGGCAGGAUGGCGCUGGGAGCGAUGGUGAGGAAGGCUGGGAACGGAGAGCUGGCGAGGCAUAGGGAGAGGGUGUUGCAGGCUGCGUGGCCGGGGUGGGAGGGGAGGAGGGAGGGGGUUGAGAGCUCUUGA